CCAGUCGCGCCCCGCCCACGCGAGCCUGCGCGUUAGGAAGCGCAGUCGGAAGCCAGGAGCAGGGACUGCCCAGGGCCCACUUCUUCACCGCGGACCUGGCUUUAGCGCGCAGCUGGACCUGGGGCGCUCAGGUUGUGGAUGGCGGCGGCAGCCGAGCCCGGGGCCCGAACCUGGCCGGUCAGUGGUUCCCCACGUCUCGGCAGCCCGGCCGGCAGCCCUGUACUGGGCAUCUCAGGCCGCUCACGCCCGGGGUCAGGGCCGGAGCGGACCGGCAGAGCUAUUGGCCCGGCAGCACCUGGCCACAGCUUUCGCAAGGUGACACUCACCAAGCCAACCUUCUGCCAUCUAUGCUCAGACUUCAUCUGGGGGCUGGCCGGCUUCCUGUGCGAUGUCUGCAACUUCAUGUCCCAUGAGAAGUGCCUGAAGCAGGUGAAGACCCCGUGCACGAGCAUUGCGCCAGGCCUAGUACGGGUCCCUGUAGCCCACUGUUUUGGCUCCCUUGGGCUCUACAAGCGCAAGUUCUGUGUGGUCUGCCGCAAGAGCCUGGAGGUACCGGCGCUCCGGUGUGAAGUGUGUGAGCUGCACGUUCACGCCGACUGUGUGCCCUUCGCCUGCAGCGACUGUCGUCAGUGCCACCAGGAUGGACAGCAGGAUUAUGACACGUACCACCACCACUGGCGGGAGGGGAACCUGCCUUCCGGUGCACGGUGUGAGGUCUGUAGGAAGACUUGUGGUUCCUCUGAUGUGCUGGCUGGUGUUCGCUGCGAAUGGUGUGGUGCACAGGCCCACUCAGUGUGCUCCACAGCACUCACACCUGAGUGUACAUUUGGGCGUCUACGCUCCAUGGUACUACCUCCUUCGUGCGUGCGCCUGCUGUCCCGAAACUUCAGCAAGAUGCACUGCUUCCGUAUCCCCGAGACCAUGGCCCUGGAGCUUGGUGAUGGGGAUGACGGCCUAGAUGGAAGUGCUGCCACAGGUGCAAGCAGAGAGGUGCUGGCAGCUACAGAAUCCACCAAACAGAUGCUGAAGAUCUUUGAUGGCAACGACUCCAUGAGGAAAAAUCAGUUUCGUCUGGUCACAGUCUCCCGCCUGGCUCGGAAUGAGGAGGUGAUGGAGGCAGCACUUCGGGCCUACUACAUCAAUGAGGACCCUAGGGACUUCCAGCUGCAGGCACUGCCCCUAGCCUUGCUGUCUGAUAACUCCCAGACCCUGGGGAAGCCUGGGACCACUGAGGAAGAGGCUGGCAAAGGCUCUGGGCCCCGGGAUGCCGUGUCUGAGGCCUGGGUCAUCAGGUCUGUGCCUCGUGCCCAGGAGACCCUGAAGAUCUACCCUGGCUGGCUCAAGGUGGGUGUGGCCUACGUGUCCAUCCGUGUGAACUCCCAGAGUACAGCACGGUCUGUGGUUCAAGAGGUUCUUCCACUGUUUGGACGGCAGGUUGAGGAUCAGGAGCGAUUCCAGCUGACUGAGGUGCUCAUGAGCAGCAGACAGGUUCAACGGACAGUGCUGGCGGAUGAGGAACCUCUAUUAGACCGACUUUGGGACAUCCGACAGACAUCUGUGCGCCAGGUGAGCCAGACGCGCUUCUACGUGGCUGAGAGAAGGGCCAUGGCCCCCCGCGUCUCCCUGUUUGUGGGUGGCCUGCCACCUGGCUUGUCCCCCCAGGAUUACAACAACCUGCUGCACGAGACCAUGGCCACCAAAGCUGCUGUGGUGUCUGUGAGUCACGUCUACUCCUUACAAGGCGCAGUAAUUCUGGAUGUCACCUGCUUCUCGGAGGCUGAGCGGCUAUACAUGCUGGCCAGGGACACAGUAGUGCAUGGCCGGCCACUGACUGCACUAGUGCUUCCGGAUGUGCUGCACACGAAGCUGCCUCCUGACUGCUGCCCUCUCCUCGUGUUCGUGAACCCCAAGAGUGGGGGCCUCAAGGGGCGAGAACUUGUCUGUAGUUUCCGGAAGCUGCUAAAUCCGCACCAGGUCUUUGAGCUGACCAAUGGGGGCCCUCUUCCUGGGUUCCACCUUUUCUCCCAGGUGCCCUGUUUUCGGGUACUGGUGUGUGGCGGAGAUGGCACCGUGGGCUGGGUGCUUGCUGCCCUGGAGGAGACAAGGCGCCAUCUGGCCUGCCCAGAGCCAUCUGUGGCCAUCCUGCCCCUGGGUACAGGGAAUGACCUUGGCCGGGUCCUCCGCUGGGGGGCAGGCUAUAGUGGCGAGGACCCAUUUUCUGUGCUGGUGUCUGUGGAUGAAGCUGAUGCUGUGCUCAUGGAUCGCUGGACAAUCCUGCUAGAUGCUCAUGAGACUGAUAAUGCAGAGAACAGUGUGGCAGAUGCAGAGCCCCCCAAGAUUGUUCAGAUGAGUAACUACUGUGGCAUUGGUAUCGAUGCGGAGCUCAGCCUAGACUUCCACCAGGCACGCGAAGAGGAGCCUGGCAAAUUCACAAGCAGGUUCCACAACAAGGGCGUGUAUGUGCGGGUCGGGCUGCAGAAGAUCAGCCACUCUAGAAGCCUACACAAGGAGAUCCGGCUGCAGGUGGAACAGCAGGAGGUGGAGCUACCCAGCAUUGAGGGUCUCAUCUUCAUAAACAUCCCCAGUUGGGGCUCAGGGGCUGACCUGUGGGGCUCUGACAACGACUCAAGGUUUGAGAAGCCACGCAUAGACGACGGGCUGUUGGAGGUGGUGGGUGUGACGGGUGUUGUGCACAUGGGCCAGGUACAAGGUGGGCUGCGCUCUGGAAUACGAAUUGCCCAGGGCUCCUACUUCCGUGUCACACUCCUCAAGGCUACUCCGGUGCAGGUGGAUGGUGAGCCCUGGGUUCAGGCCCCAGGGCACAUGAUCAUCUCUGCUACUGCCCCUAAGGUUCACAUGCUGAGGAAGGCCAAGCAGAAGCCCAGGAAGGCUGGUGCCACCAGGGAUACCAGAGUGGACACCUUGCCUGCUCCUGAGGGCAAUCCUUAACAGAGGAGCAGGAUGAAGGGUCUCAGCCACCCAGCCUUUCUUUGGUCUGUUCCAAGUCCCACACCUUGGCUGGCCAACAGAUGGACUUAGCUGUCACACUGACCAUAGUGUCUUCAUGGGCCUUGGGAUAUUUCCAUCCCUUAUCCUUGUCCAAUGUCAUGUACAGACUUAGGAGUGGGUAGGUAAUGGCCUUUGCUCACUCAGCCACAGUACCAGUCUAUAUGACAUGGACAUGAGGCUCUGAUUAGCCUGACCUCUGCACAAAACUCAUCCUUACAGGACAAGUGGAGCUGAUCCUGUUAGUCACAUCCUUUCCUUUGAAACCUCUCUUAGACUCCUUGGGCCCAACAUUUCUGGAUGCAGGCCAUCUAGGUGGGUCCUUGAUCUCAUUUUAU